AUCACCAUUUCAAAUAAUUACACUAUACUCUCUGUUCCCGCGCAUAGCGUGAGCUUAGUGCAUAAUGUUAGGUGCAAAUGCGCGGCGAAUAGUAAACAUAAGUUGGAAUUUUAGCCAAGAACCUUACUAUAAUUACAAUGCGAUUCUUGAUGCCUGCAUAGAAACUAAGCAAUUAGUUAUAGGCAAAUCAAUUCAUCAGCAUAUCAUCAAGCACAAUCAUUGUAACGAUAAUCGUUCGAAUUUACUAGAUAAGUUAACGCGAUUUUACGUUUCGUGCAGCAGAGUUGAUCUUGCACGCCAAGUGUUUGAUUCAAUUCCUGAGUCAGAUAGAAAUGACAAAGUUAUAUUAUGGAACCAAAUGAUUAGAGCUUAUGCUUGGAAUGGACCCUUUGAGAAGGGUAUUGAUUUGUAUUAUGAAAUGGUGGAGUAUGGUGUUAGACCGACGAAUUAUACAUACCCUUUUGUGAUUAAGGCUUGUUCUGCUUUGCAAGAUGUAGAAAAUGGGGAAAAGAUUCAUGAACAUGUGAAAAGGCAGGGGCUUGAUGGUGAUGUUUACGUUUGUACAGCUUUGGUUGAUUUUUAUGCAAAGUGUGGGUUGUUGGUUGAGGCACGAAGAGUGUUUGAUGGAAUGUUGAGAAGAGAUAUUGUGGCGUGGAAUGCGAUGAUUUCAGGGUGCUCGGUGAAUGGUUUGUAUUUGGAGAUGAAGGGUUUGGUUUUGGAGUUGCAAGAAAAUGGGUUAACUUUGAAUUCGUCUACAGUUGUGGCGAUUCUUCCUGCUAUUGCAGAAGCUAAUAAGUUGAGUGAAGGGAAGGCUGUUCAUGGGUUUUCUAUGAGAAGGGGGUUUGUUAAUGAUGUGGUUGUUGAUACUGUUAUUUUGGAUGUGUAUGCAAAAUGUGGUUGGUUGAACUACGCCAAGAGGAUUUUUGGAGUCAUGAGUUUGAAGAAUGAGAUCACGCGGAGUGCGAUGAUAGGAGCAUACGUAACAUGUGAUUCUACUCAAGAAGGAUUGAAACUGUUUGAGCACAUGAGGACGGAAGAUACUGAGUCUCCGUCUCCUGUCAUGCUUGCCACUGUAAUUCGAGCUUGUGCUAAGCUGAAUGAUAUGAGAAGAGGAAGAAAGAUGCAUGGUUAUACUGUUAAGUUAGGGUCCUAUUUGGAUUUGAUGGUGAGUAAUACUCUUCUUUCUAUGUAUGCAAAGUGCGGGAGAAUAGAUGAUGCGCUUACCUUCUUUGAGGAGAUGGAUUUGAAAGAUUCUGUUUCUUUCAGUGCGAUAAUUGCAGGGUGCGUCCAGAAUGGACAUGCAGAAGAAGCUUUGCAGAUUUUACGAAUGAUGCAAUCGUCUGGUGUUGAACUAGAAUCUGCAACAGUGAUGGGAAUUUUACCAGCUUGUUCACAUUUGGCAGCUCUACAACUUGGCGUUUGCACCCAUGGUUACUCAAUUGUGCGUGGAUUUACAGAGGAUGUUUCUGUCUGUAAUGCUCUAAUUGACAUGUAUUCCAAAUGUGGUAAAAUCGACAUUGCUAGGAUUGUCUUUGAUAAGAUGAAUAAAAGGGAUGUCGUCUCAUGGAAUGCAAUGAUUGCUGGAUAUGGAGUUCACGGUCGUGGAAAGGAAGCAAUCUCACUGUUCUAUGACAUGCAGUCUGUAGGUCAAAUACCAGAUGAUAUUACUUUUAUUGGUCUCUUAUUUGCUUGCAGCCAUUCAGGUCUUGUUGCUGAAGGGAAAUAUUGGUUCUUAAGAAUGUCCGAAGAAUUCAAAAUUAGCCCUAGAAUGGAUCAUUACUUGUGCAUGGUGGAUCUUUUGGGACGUGCUGGUCUUCUGGACGAGGCCUAUGGUUUCGUCCAGAAUAUGCCUUUUAUACCUGAUGUACGUAUCUGGAGUGCCUUGCUUGCCGCGUGUAGAAUCCAUAAACAUAUUGUUCUAGCAGAAGAAGUAUCCAAUAAGAUCCAAUAUCUAGGACCUGAAAGUCCGGGUAAUUUCGUUCUUUUAUCUAAUUUGUAUACUACUGCUGGGAGAUGGGAUGACGCUGCUCAUGUUAGAGUUAAGCAGAAGGAUUCUGGCUUUAAGAAGAGCCCCGGAUGUAGUUGGAUUGAAAUAAAUGGUGUUAUCCAUGCAUUUGUUGGUGGGGAUCAGUCCCACCCUCAGUCCGCUAAAAUAAAUGAGAAACUGAAGGAACUUUCGAAAGAGAUGAAAAAGCUGGGGUAUAGUGCAGAAUCCAGUUUUGUGUACCAAGAUGUGGAGGAAGAAGAGAAGGAACAGAUUCUUCUUUAUCACAGCGAGAAGCUUGCUGUUGCAUUUGCGUUGCUAAAUCUGGAUCCUAGCAAGUCCAUACUCGUUACUAAGAACUUACGAGUUUGUGUUGACUGCCAUAGUACACUGAAAUAUAUAAGUCUAAUAACAAAAAGAGAAAUUACAGUGAGGGAUGCUAGUCGAUUUCAUCAUUUCAGAGAUGGAAUAUGCAGCUGCGGAGAUUUCUGGUGAAGAAUGACUGGAAAUGUGUUUCUUGUUGUUGCUUGACGGUAUGUACUAAUGCAGCAUUACCUAUCUAAACUAGGUCGUUGAAGCGUAUUCAAAGAUGAUAUCUUGGCUGCAUGUUCUGUUUAGACCAUUUGGAGGGUCCUCGAAUUCACGAGUACAUUAGUUAGCAGAUUUUGACAGAACAUUUCAUAUCUCAGAUGAACACGCAGAUAAACUUUACAUUGCAGUAAGAUGAUUCGUCAGGAAGAUUUGACGGAUGCAGCAUACACUGCUCUGAUCAGUAACAUCCUGGAGCUUCUUAGAACCUACACCAUUGUUGCCACAUGCAUCAGUGAUCAAAGUUUUCGAUAUUAUGAACUAUGAAUUCUGUUGAAACUUUGGCAAAUGACGGAUUUAUGCCAUUAUACAGCACGCACUCCAAGCUGUUAAAGGAUAGAGGAGAUGCAUGGUUGCCCCUGUGCGGAGAUGUGAGAAGUUGGCUAUGGAUGGUUUCAAGAGAGGCAGAGGUAGGCCGAAGAAAUAUUGAGAAAAGGUGAUUAGACAAAACACGGUGCAAUUUCAGGUUAUCGAGGACAUGACGUUGGAUAGAAGAUUAUGGAGGACACAGAUUAAGGUAGAAGGUUAGUUGGUUGUUAGAGUAUAACUUUGCUUAUCCUUCCAUACUAGUCGUCAUAAUAUUACCCUUCAUUUAAGGUCUUGUUCCUCCGAUUUUUGUUAC